CGGCAGUGUAAGCGCCCCGCCGUGUAAACAUGCCUCACAGCUGACUCCUCUCCCUUAUCUCCAGUUUGGCCCAAGAUGACCGUAGGUUGUUGUGGCUGCUGCUCGGCCUUCCGCCCGCGCUACAAGCGGCUGGUGGACAACAUCUUCCCGGCCAACCCCGAGGAUGGCCUCGUUAAGUCGAACAUGGACAAGCUGAUGUGGUAUGCCAUGACGUCCCCUGACAAGCUGGACCGCAUCGGGGACUACCUCGCGCACAGGCUCUACAGGGACAUCAACAGGAGGAAAACAGGGGUAUGUCAAAUUCAUGGGUGCCCUCGACCAGUGCUUGUGUGUGCCCUGCCCAAAAACCCAACCCCUUUGUCGACUUUUGCAGAGGUGCAGAAGUUUCUGGAAUCGACCGGCCCCAAACUGCAGCUGCGGGGCCCCCCCUCGAACCCUAAACCUUUCAGUUUUAGAAGUUUUCCCAAUAUCCGUGAAGACACACCUUCCUACCACCGCCGUUAUGACUUCCUGGUGAGCAAGUUCUCGUCCAUGUGCUAUGCCAGUGAGGACGAAGAGGUCAUGCGGAAGCAGCUACGCACAGCUGGCAUCAAGGGGCUGCAGGGCGUUGUACGCAAGACUGACUGGGACAACCUUGGCGAGAACAUCUGGCUUCCAAACAACUGGAGAAAAGUCCCAUCCCCGUACAACAUGCAGGGAACAAGCCCUCUGGACUACGAGGGACUGGGGGUCAACAACAGCUUUUCUGUGCAGACUAGCAUAGUCAUUGUUCCAUCUAUCCCCCCAUAGGCUCAGUACAGCAUCACAGUGAUAGAGCUCCUCAUGGCCCACCUCAAUGAGAAGAGCAGCGAACCAGCGCAGAUAAGGACAGGCAUCGCAGACGUGCUUUCCAAGGUGAUUCCAAUUGCUGCGGGAGAAUGCAUAGGCCCUUCGGUCAUUGAGAUCAUCAACUCCCUACUGGAGCACAUCCGUUCCUCGGUGGUGGGUGGAGUGAGUGGAAAGGAGAGCUCAGCUGAGAAGAUGUACCAGGAGACGUUAAUCCAUGCCCUAGGAGAAUACGCCAACCACCUGCCUGACUAUCAGAAGAUCGACUCCAUGGUCUUCAUCCUGAAUAAGGUGCCGGGCAGUGACCGAGUGGACGAUGGAGGUUCUCAGCGACCCGAGGCAGAGGUCAAACUUCAGCAUCUGCUCCUCAAGUCACUUCUCAAGGUGGGAACCAAGUACACGACGGUGCAGUACUCAACCACCUUUGCACAGUCCUUCCUGGUUCGUCUCAUGCGCCUCUCCGUCUCGAGUGACGCUGAGGUCCGUCUCACGGUGCAGCAAAUUCUCCACACACUCAUUGACCGCCACCAGAACAUCGAGAAGCUUGCCAAACCAACCCUUGAGGUGAGUCGACUGGGCCUGACAAUGGGCAAGCCGGUGCGCCAAGACGUCAACUUCUGGAAGAAGUCGGGCAACGAGAUCAUGCUCUCCAUCCAAGAGAAUUGCGAGUUCGGCAACAACCGCCUGGUCAACAUUGAGGCCAUUUAUGCCACCCUCAUGCUGCUCAUGGCCGAAAUUCGCUCCGAUGAUGUCAUGGUGGACAUCCUGAGGGUCCUGUUCCACGUGCAGGGCGUUGCACAGAAUGGCACAGUGAGUGGAGCGCAGGGCAUCCAGCUGCAGGCGCUGGUGGCAAGCGUGAUGGUGGUCAUCUCCCACCUGGUGCCCACGCUCAAGGACCACGUGGCGGCCGUCAUCAAGAAGAGGUCCGACGAGGCGCCACACCUGCUGCCUGAGAUCAUGGCCAGCUACGAGUCAGGACUGCCCUGCCGCGACCUCCCAGACGACCUGCUCUUUGACCACUCCAAGGUCCUUGAUCUUCUGGCCAACACGAAUCUGGACGAGAAGGAUACGUCCUCCGCCACCGACAUCAACUCCAUCAGCGUGGAGUGGACAGUGCCUGCUCUUCGCCAGGACUCCCCAGGUCCUCCAAAAAUUUUAAGCUGCCCCCCCCCCCCCCCUUUGCUCCAGCUUCCUCAGACUCUAACCCCUCCACUUCGGCAGUCUGACGAGAAGCGAUUAAACACGAGCAUGUCGAGCAGGAUGCGAAGACACUCCACCACGCAGCAUACGUCCUCCGCCACCGACAUCAACUCCAUCAGCGUGGAAGUGGACAGUGCCUGCUCUUCGCCAGGACUCCCCAGGCGCACCCUAGAGGAGGAGAUUACGUUUGAGUCGCUGAAGAAGGUGCUGACGGAGAGCCCCGAGCAGCGCCGCAAGGCAGAGGAGGAGCGCCGCAAGCAGAUCACGGAGGCUUUCAUGACGGAGUCGUUUGAGGCGCUUGUGGCCAAGAUCCAGGCCAAGCAACCAGACACUCUGCAGACAAAGCUAUCGGAGAUCUUCAGUCGGCUGCCGCCCACAUGCCCGCCUUCCUCUUCUGCGCCCACCUCUGUCUCGUCUGCAUCAGCAGUGAUGUCAUGUGACGGCGUGCCAGGCCUGGCCUCGCCUGUCUCCUCCGUCUACGAGCUGCCGUACCCAGACAUCUUCAUCUACUAAGCGAGACCUCCUGGAGGGGUCUUCCCGUUUCUCCUUCAUGUGUCUCUUACUCUCUUUAGGGGCUUCUUAGAGUCUGUGGGAGGCUAGAUGUUUGUGGGUUUCUUUCAUUGUGGUCACUCAGGCUGUUUGAGAAUAAGAUAUGCAUCACUCCUGCCAGCUGGACCCUUGGGUGUGGUGCACACAGACAAUAUGGAGGAGGUUCUGUGCUCCCCUGGCAAUGGGCUCGGCACAGAGGGAGGCGGGAGGAGGUUGCCAUCUGUUGCGGUGGAGUGCGCAGGGGAAAACGUCUCUUUGGGAAGUGACCUUUGAUCCUUUUUAAAAUUGUUAUUGCCAACAUUAUUAUUAUUUUUUUUUUUGUUACUUUACAUGAUUUUAUUUUAACAAUGAGCAAAUUUUUUUGUCACAACUUUACUGUAUUGAAGUAUUCUCUUGUCUUGGGAUACUUUGUAGUUCCUACAUCAAUUACUACAGGUAUAAUGCUCAGUGUAACUGUUAUUUGUAUUGUUAUUCCCCUGUUUGUGUAUAUUUGUUUAAGGGUUGGAUGUCAUCCAAAUUUCUUUGUACACGUGAUUUUUUUUUUUUUUUUUGUUCUUAACAUUUAGAAUGCCUUUUAUGCCUGCUAGUCAGUCUACGAUUUCCCAGUUACUUUAAAAAAGUGAGAAAAACAAGAAAAUGGGAGGCAUUGUGGAAGACCAGCAUAGCGAGAUAGACAUCUAGGAAGUGAUCUGCGUCUCCCUGCAUCAGAUGGGACUUCAGAAAGGACACUCGGGUGCUAUAGAAAUGUGAGAGAGAGUGAGUGAGUGAGUGAGUGAGUGAGUGAGUGAGUGAGUGAGUGAGUGAGUGAGUGAGUGAGUGAGUGAGUGAGUGAGAGAGAGAGAGAGAGAGAGAGAGUGCUUCUUGGUAUGCUGAUCCCCCUUCCCCUUUUAGGCACAGGGGAAAAAGGAAGCAUCGUAUGCCAAUUUCCCAAAAUGACAAAAAAGGAGUUUGGCUCAUGCUGGAGUUUUUUUGUUUUCUUUUCUUUACCAUUAAGUUUGCUGCCUUUAUGAGAUAUGUUUACGGUUAUAAUUUAUGUGUGAUUUUCUCUCCAGUGCUUUUUUGUUCCUUGGGAUCUGUCCUGCAGCUUUGUUUUGGGGCCUCUGCUUUGUCCUUGAGGUUUGGGGGCUUUUGCUCAUUAUAGGAAUGCAUUUAUGCACAUGUGCACGUAGGCACGUGCGUGUGCACACACACAUACAGAUACACACACAGACACACACACACACAGACACACACACACACAGACACACACACACACAGACACACACACACACACACACACACACACACACACACACACACACACACACACACACACACACACACACACACACACACACACACACACACACACAUAAAUACAUAUACACAUAUACAUAUUUUGAAGCAGACAUUACAUGGUGAAGAACUGAAGAUAUGCUCAUAUCACUUUCCUCAGUGAUAAUCUGUCUUGAUUUUAGCAUAUCAAACAAAAUGGCAAGAACUUUAUGACCACAUGUAUUAUUUUCCUGGUAUCAUCUUUAUCUUCUUUUAACGGUAGGUUCAUGUCUGAGCCACCGUGGUCACAGCAUGAUACUUAAUUGUAGUUUUUCAUGUUGUGAUGCUCUUGGAGUGAGUACGUGGUAGG